GCGCAGAGGCUAGAGCCGCCAGCCAGCCGCGCGCCGCCUCCAUGCCGCCGCCGGCCAGCCGCCUCCACGCCGCCGCCGGCCGGCCGCCACACCCCGCCUCCAGGCCGCCGCCGCGCCGGCCCGCCGCCUCCUUUCCCCUCUCAACCUAAUCUCGCAGCUCCAGGACACCGCCACCGCCGGCGCCGUGCUUGCCUGCCGGAUCCACGCCGGAGCUGCCUUUUCCGACCUCGGUACUGGAUGGAUCUGCCCCGCCACCGCCACAUCCUCCUCCCAAACCUCGGGCCGGCGCUGCUCCUCUGCGACUACCUCAGCGCCGGCGAUGCUCCUCCCCGACCUCGGGCCGGCGCACUCCUCCCCGACCUCAGGCCGGCGCUGCAGCUCUCCAACCCCAAGCUUUCCUCGAGCUCAGGGAACAAAUUAAGGAUUCUAUUAUGUUGCCCCAAUAAAGCUUCCAAAGGAGACCAAGAGUGUUUUGGCAAAAUUUGUGAGGAGCUGCUCAGUGUUUCUUUUUCAAAGAUUUUAGCAGUAUAUCUUCAAAGAAAACCUGAGCUGUUUAUUAGAAGUUAACAAAACUAGCUGGGAGUCAUAGAUUGAGUUACUGGACCAAAUAGGUAUGCUAUCUUACCUCAGCUGCUUCUUGUUCUGUCAAUAGCAUGUUAAUUAUGAGGCAACAAUUUUGCUUCUAGAGAUGCCAUAGUCACUGUUAUUUUUACUGAAAAUGCUUCUGUAGACAGUUUUGUUUAUAUGAUCCAUUACAGUCUUCAAUUUUGCUAGACAUGUUUCGCAUUACAUGCCAACUUAUUUUAUUUUGGUAAUCUGAAUAUACCUGCACCUUGGGCUGAAAUUAAUUGCAAGCAAAUAAGCUUAAGUUUCCUAUUUGUGUACUCUCUCCUAAUGGUGAACAAAUGACCUAGCUACCCAGUACCCACUUUCUUGCUUCUGGACACUACAGGAUAAUAAAUAGAUCUUGAAUGUGGUACUAUGUAAAAAGAUGAGUGAUUAGACAUAUCUUGAAUGCAAAAAGUGAAAUAUAUAUAUGAUCUAUAAGUUGCUUACAGCUUUUUAGUUUGGUUAGCCUAGCAAAAAUGUAGCUCUCAGCUCAAAAGCACCAUGGUGUUAGUUCUGUUCAUUUUAAGUGCAAUCAAAUGUGUAUCUUUUGUGCAUUAGAGUCUUCAAGCAAAUCAAGAGGUGCAAAUAAACUUGGGUUUACAACCUAAUACCAAGUAUUUGGUUCAUCUUGCAACUUGUCUUCGUGAUCAUAUCUGUCCCACCUUGGGCUUCUUUCAUUUUAUUCUUGCCAUCACUUUUGCAGAAAUUUGACAAGCUACGCACAUAAUUUACUUCAAUUUUUUCAUGACUUGAUCUUAACUAAAAACCAGCAUGCUUGUAUUGAAUUUCAGGUAGUUCUAGGAGAUGCUAUGCAGCAUGCUUUAUGGUGUCAACAACAAGCUGUUCAAAGCUGUGUUCUAUUCUGGAUUUCCUAAAGAUAAAUUAUCAUAUACAUGAAGAUGCAUUAAAAGGAGUCAAGUGUUCAUCCGUACUCCUGGUGUAUAGCUCUUUGGAUUGUGGCGUAUAGGCUAUGUGUUCUCUGUAGUUAAGUCUUUUGGAGUUUGAGCUGUGCAGUUAGCGCCUUAUGAUACUUAGUGUGUCGGCAAAUUUAGUUAUUUGUUCCACAUACAGUUGUACUUGCUGCCUGACAUGGAACCUCAUGACACGUACAGUUGUGAGAAAACAUUGGACUAGCUCAUAUUUAUAGAUGAAUAAAUGUCCAUGUUCUUAUUGUUGAUGCAUCUUAUGAUGUAUGCUGAUGCACUGUAAGUGAGCUUGUUUCUUGAUGAAUGGACCUUCGAAACUCGUGG